AUGAAGACGUUUACUUACGCGACGGAAAAGGAUACCGCGCAAAUGUGGCCUUCACGUGAACCGGAAGGCAAUCUGACGUCCUCCCUCUCCACACAAACCAGUGCACUGCCUCCCCCCGCGCGCAAGCCCGCUUCGAAGCCACCUGCAGUGAACCAAGUUGAACGGGCGGCAGCCACACCACCGGCUGCUUCCAGCAAGGGCAAGUCAAGGGUACCCAGACAAGCAGCGAAGGCGACACCCGAGACUUGA